GGAAGAUGUAAGCAGGUAAGGAAACAAUGACACAGAUGAUUGGCCGAGAGAGAGAAAGAGAGAGAUAGAGAGAGAGAGAGAGAGAGAGACAGUCACACUUUGAGGAAGUUAACUAAACAAAAGAAAGAGAGCAGAAGUCACAUCAUAUAGAAGGAUGCAAUGUUUUGUGAUUGUGUUGAUGUUCUUUGCACAGUUGCUUCCUAUCUCACUGCAGGUAAGAAAUUCACAUCCACUUCAUUUGAUCUGCUUUAAGAGUGGUGACAUUUUAGACAGCAAAACAUUUUUCUCAUUUGCUUUUAAAGGACUAGGAAGUGGCAAAACUGAAGUUGAAUGUUUCACUAUGUCUGAACUAGUUUAUCAGGACAUAUUCGAGAUGAGUGGAUCCGCUUUAAUUGCUUUAAUGUGUGAACAGGAGGAGGACAGGUGGUACGACGAAGGAGGGGGCACAAUGUGUAAACUGUGUCCUGCAGGUGAGUUUCGGAUGUCUUGUACAGAGUGCAAGCCUUGUCCUGCAGGAAGCUACACGACUAAGAUAAACCGAGAAGGCAGCUGUCAUCGCUGCUAUGGAGACUGCAGACCAGAUUACAAUCUGAAGGUGGUUCACCCUUGCACCAGCAAGUCUGAUGUAGAGUGCAUCUGUGAGGCCGGUUACAGAUGCUCUGACUCCGUCCCCUUUUCAAAAAAUUGCAGAUAUUGUGUCAAGAUCAAGGAAGCAUCCUCAACUGAAGCUGCAGCCAUUAUCUCAGGCCAAGAUAAUCACACACCUUCCUCAGCUUCCUCAGGACAUAGCAGCACUUCUGCCAAAUCCUGCAAGUUUCCCAAGUGUGGCCCUCUGUCCAUCCCACAGGCAGGAAAUGACACACAUCUCAAAACAGACAAGACGAACAGCCAUCUGGCGGCAAUCUUGUGUCCAAUUGUUGUCAUCGGAUUUUUGGCCCUUGUCAUCCUGUCCGUUGUUCGUUGCCAUGGAGAUGAAUCUUGUUUGAAGCAAGCUAUGUCAAAGCUAUGCAAUGAGGGCGGUAGAGAAGGUUCUCACAAGCUGAGGGAGCCGACUCAUCAGCUACCCAGAGACUCAUUCAGUGCAAAGCAGCAACCAUUGUCCCUCUCAGCAGCCAAUCAGGGGCCAGUCCAUGUCCACAAUCCAGGGACAGUCAUCUUCAGCUUGCUCAAUCAAUUCACAGGCCAAGUUGGUCCAACAAUUGAAGGUGUGAAGACAGUGAAGAGGGGUUGCCGCAAGGAAGAAGACGAGAGAGACUGUCCUGUCUUUCAACCCACAUCCUCAACCAGAGUUCAUCUCUCUGAGGAGGAGAGGAGUGUAGAGAUGGACAGCAUGGUCAUCCCCUCUCAGGAAGAGGGGAAGGACUGCCACAUGUCAGAAGAAGAAGUUCUAUGAUGAAUCAAAUUAAUCUUUUGUUUUGGUGGCUAUGACUGCCGACAUCCAAGACUUUUAAAGGAAGAAACUGUAAAACGACGGAGCAGUUUUUGGUUCAUUGAGGUUCACAGAGACAUUUCAAUCUGCAGUUUCUGGAAAAACGUGCAGCAAGUAAGAACUCAAACUCUGGGAAGAACUGCUGGAUGGUGAUUUCCUUUGUUACCUCUAAUUCAAAAUUGACUUGUAAAUUCUGCUUUAUAAGCUCUGCUCUCUAAGGUAAUGAAGAAGACAUUUUUGCAUGAAAUAACAUUUUGAUAACGAAUAAAUUUUAUUGAGAAUGAAAACCUGGAUAUGUGAGAUGAAAACAUUUACUUGUGAUUUGUACAAAGUCUAUUUACAUAAACACUUAAAUCUUAA